AUGUCCUGCACCAUGAACACCAACAAACCGGAAGAGAAUAGUCCUGAAGGAGAUGCAGGGAAACUCGAGUGGAAACACAAGGUCAAAGAUGAAUUCAAAGACAUUUCCAUAUACUUCUCCAAAGAAGAAUGGGCAGAGAUGGGAGAGUGGGAGAAAAUUCGCUAUAGAAAUGUGAAAAGGAACUAUAAAAUGCUAAUUUCCAUAGGUCUCAGAGCCCCUAGACCAGCUUUCAUGUGUUACCAAAGGCAAGCAAUCAAGCCCCAGAUAAAUGACAGUGAGGAUUCUGAUGAAGAAUGGACACCUAAGCAACAAGUCAGUCCUCCUUGGGUGCCUUUCCGAGUGAAGCACAGUAAACAACAGAAGACACUCUACACAUUAACUAAAAUCACAGGUGAAAUUUUAUAA